AUGAAGGCGAACAAGUUCCUCUUUGUGAACUCGACUGGUUCGGUUUCUGAGGAUGUCAAGGAGCGAGAACGCGCCCGGACACAGGCUAGAUCUCACGCGGCUUUGGCCUCACAUGCUCUAUCUCGUCAUCAACACGAGGCCCUAGCCAAUAGCGCUCUGAAAUAUGAUGGGAAGGAAAAUUCUCCACCGAGUGAGACCUCACCGCGGUCCUCGACGACAUCCUCGCCUGAACCGACCCCCAAACCUCUGAAUAUCAAAUUCAGGCUUAAUGUGCCAGGUAGGAAGAAGGCGAAGCCGUCAGUAAAAUUCGUCUCCAAGAAAAAUGGCGAAUCCGACCAAAAAGAUUCGCCACGGGCCAGACCGCAGCUGCCCUCGGUCAGCGUAUUGAGGCCUAUCAACAAAAGCAGCUUAGAUCCUUUUGUUCGUCCAGCGACUGAGCUAUCGGUGCCAGACCAGAAUUUAUUGCAUUUAUACCUGACAAAGAUGCCACAAGACACGUACGGGACGACGACAGCGGGUCCCAUUGCGAAAUCGCUCCAUGAGGGCAGUAUGGUAGGAGUGGAACGGUUCGAGAUCAAUCUUCUCUGGUGCCUCAUGGGCAUGGAGACUACACUCACGAGCUUCCAACCGACAAAUUCGGCAAGACAGCUCUCGAUCUUGUCGCGCCGGAGUAAAAUCUAUCAGCUGAUGAGGGCUGAAAUGAACGGGCUGAAACCUGGUGCAGAUGUAGUGAAGAUGGAUAAUUUCAUGCUCAUCAUUUCCAUGGCAGCGACAAUCGAAAAGCGAAUGGGAAACACCCACCAGGCAGACCUGCACACCAAGGCGCUCAAGGAUUUCCUACUCAUGAAGGGUGGAAUCACUGCCAUUAAAAACAUGGUCUAUCCGCAAAACCUGAUGAUUGUGAAUGCCCUGAUCGAAAUCGGUCUGCAAGGACUAUACGACUCUCGCGAAUAUCUCUUGAGAAGACUGGUGACCAUCAUGGAGAGGCUCCGACAGCUGCAGGAGUGGAACCACACGCUGCGAGAGCGUCAAAGAGCCCGAGCACCCUCCAACGCGAUGCGUACCGGACGAGAGUUUCUCGGCGACCAGGACCUUCCGGGUCUCGACUACCUCGACCGCCGCACACGCGCGUUCCACAAACCCGCUUUGUUCGAGUACAUUGAACUCCCGCUUGGCAAGCCCACGCCCGAAGAAUACAAAUUCUACCUUUCGAUGCUCUUCGCCAUCAACAGCGCCAUGUACGCGUUCCGCCACAGCGAGAGCACGAGCAGCACGUAUCUGCGCGUGCUGAUCGAAUGCACCGAGUCGAGCAACGAGUCGAGCAACUUCAUCCUGCAGUGUUUCGGCGCCAAGCUGCCGUGUCUGCUGCUCCUGAUCAUGCUGGCCCACUAUGCUGCGGACUCGGAGGGGCGCGACGAGUUUACCAAAGCCGUCUUCGACGUCGAGGAGGUCUACGAGUUCGUCGAGCUCAUGAUGAUGGCGAGCCCUGAUUCGAGAGACGUGGUUCUCAAGAUCAUGUGGUCUUGGCUGGCGAGCCCGGAUGCUGAUGGUGUCGGCGCCCUCAGCUCCGCCAAGUUUGAUAUCAUGGCCGAUGAAAUCGAAGAUCGCUGGCUUGCUGAUCAGAUCCAACUUCCAUCGAGGCGGGUAGGGAGUUGA